UUAGUAAUUCGACUACAAAUCCCAACAAGCACAGUAAAAGAAAUACACUGUAGAACUUCCUUUCGUACAAGGGUCAGUAAAUAUAACAAAGCUGUUUGAGAUCUCUUGGUCAGCACCAUGGGGCGGCUGGAUGGGAAGAUCAUCCUGUUGUCUGCRGCAGCACAGGGCAUUGGCCAAGCAGUUGCUCUUGCUUUUGCUAAAGAAGGAGCCAAAGUCAUUGCUACAGACAUCAAUGAGUCUAAACUGCAAGAACUGGGGAAAUAUCCAGGCAUUCAAAUACGGGUUCUGGAUGUCACCAAAAGGGAGCAGAUAGAAAAUCUGGCCAGGGAGAUUGACAAGAUUGAUGUCCUCUGUAACAUUGCAGGGUUUGUUCAUCAUGGAACCAUUCUGGAGUGUGAGGAGCAAGACUGGGACUUCACGAUGAAUCUCAAUGUUCGCAGCAUGUAUCUAAUGAUCAAGACAUUCCUUCCAAAGAUGCUUAAACAGAAAUCUGGAAAUAUUAUAAAUAUGUCUUCUGUGGCAUCCAGCAUCAAAGGAGUUGUGAACAGGUGUGUCUAUAGUACCUCAAAGGCAGCAGUUAUUGGGCUGACAAAGGCUGUAGCUGCUGAUUUCAUUGAACAAGGCAUCAGAUGCAACUGCGUAUGUCCUGGAACUGUUGACACACCAUCUUUACAGGAAAGAAUCCAAGCUCGGAGUAACCCAGAACAGGCAUUGAAAGACUUUCUAGCCAGACAGAAGACUGGCAGGAUGGCUACUGCUGAAGAAGUGGCCCAUCUCUUUGUGUACUUGGCCUCUGAUGAAUCUGCCUAUAUGACUGGUAAUGAACUAAUCAUUGAUGGAGGAUGGAGCUUGUGAUUGACUCUACCUGCAAAUGGAAAUUCAUACCAUGAAGGGCAAAAAAUGAAGAUGGUGUUUCUUGCAAAGAUUGAGAUCAUGCAUGUGACAUUUUUCCAAACAAAUUUGCUGCAUUUUUACUGCUAUGUGAUCUCUCUCUAAAUUGAUUUUACUGAUGAACUUUUCCUUAAAUAGUGAAAUACUGCAGUAAAACAUACUUCAUGUGGCUUCAAUUUAUGGCAACUCCAAAAACAUGAAAGAACCAGCAGUUUAAUGUUUAAGAUUUCAGGGCACUAAAAAUAUUAUUCAAGGUACAAAACCUGAGUUGUGUUUUAAGCAAAUUUGAUUGAAAGGAAUUAAAUACUAUCUUUAUUCUCAAUUUACAAAGUAUUUGGAAAAUAAAUAUUCACUAUUAGAUUUUCAUGUCACGAUCUAUGACGCAAGGGCAUUAUUCUAGCAGGCACAGAUGAGGGUAUAUGUGAGAGAAGUAUUCUUAAAUACAUGGUUGGAUCACCAUGAAUAUGCUUGCCUUGUAGCACAAAAACAAAAGAAGUGGAUUUUACCACUCUAGAUAGAACCAAUAUAUUCCUCUCCAAAAUGAGGUACUAAUAUUAGCCAAAUUCUGUAAAAUGUGUUGCUAGGUGCUACGCUUUGGUGUUCUGUGCCUUAUCCUCAAGUACCAAGACAGUUCAUGUUAAAACACRAGGCAAAAUUUCUCUGAAAAGGACUGUUUCUGCAAGAAUAUGUGUUAACAUUUUAUUGUGAUAUCAAUUUCACACAUAUAUUCAUAUACAAUAAUUACAUAUAUACAUGAGGAAGGAAUUAAGGAGUAAAUGCUACUGAAUUCAGUAAUCAAAGCACAGGAAAAAUGUACAAUAUUCUGUGUGUGUUUCUGUACCAACAACUGCCAUGUUUAUAAAAUUAAGAUUUUCAAUAUCAGCUGMAGCAUUAAUAUAAGCUAUUUGAUUUCAAAGAUAAACAUAUCUAGAUAAAAUCAGGCCUCUUAUUGUAAAAUUGUAUGUAAAUGUAAAUUUGACAAAUGAGAAGUUUUGUGAAUAUUGGCUUCCUUGGGCUCAUUGUCGGUUUAACGUUCACCUUUAAUCAUGGUUGGAGUAUUCUGAUCUUAUGUAAUUUGUUUGUGGGGUUUCAGAGAAUCUAAUAUUCCAAUCAAGUGAUCCUGGCAGCCAAGCAGGAUCAAACUGAGGCAGAAAUCCAAAAUGGUUCCACAAAUGUUCACUGACRUAAAUUCAAAUGUUAAAAGUUGAGGCUGACAGUACACUGCUUCAAUGGUUUCAGAGUUUAAUAYGAAGGCCAAAGUGCUUCUUUUGUAGCAGGUAAAGAAGAUUUACCUUGAAAAGAGAAAAUUUCCUCCCUGCAGUAACACGGGAAACUUGCACUGUGGAUUCUGAAAAUAUGAUUAAGAAUCUGAGUGUAAAUUCAUUAUACUUACUGCAUCUUGAACAUCAUUAUUUAAUGUUCCUAAGCUCACUUAGAAGUGAUUGUAGUACACAAAACGGUUCAAAAACGGCUGCUGCUGUUAUUGUCAAAGCAUUUGURCAAGAAAGUAAUUACCACCUGCCUUUAAAUUGCACUAAAGGCACAAAGGGCUUUUUUAGUAGCAGAGCAAGAAUCUGGUUGGCCAGUAAAAUAAAAAUCAGCAGAGCUUGCUGUGUCUUGCCUUAUUAGCAGUGCUUUUCAUGGAGGUAUUAACAGCUGCAACUCUGAAAUGUGUUCUAGUUUCAUGAGGUUUUUCAGCAGACUUGCUGGAGUUAUUAAAGGAAAAUGCUUCUAAAUUCUCUUGUGACC